AUGUACCACCCUUUUUUUCUUCGAGAACUGACCGGACAAAUUUGCAGGCAGUCUGUUAACAUCUAUCUUUCUAUCUUUCCGCGUCCAUAUCUAUCUAUCUAUCUAUCUAUCUAUCUAUCUAUCUAUCUAUCUAUCUCAGCCUGUUCAUAUCUAUCUAUCUAUCUAUCUGUGAUUUUCUCUCUCUCUCUCUUUCUUUUUAUUCUAUCUCAUUCUUUUCAUAUCAUCAUGUUCCUUAUCUCUCCUUACGUCUAUUUUUUUUCUCUCAGUCUGUUAACCUCUAUCUUUCUAUCUUUCCGCGUCCAUAUCUAUCUAUCUAUCUAUCUAUCUAUUAAGAAAUGGACAAGCAUUUGCCUAAAUACUUCUAUCUAUCUAUCUAUCUAUCUAUCUAUCUCAGCCUGUUCAUAUCUAUCUAUCUAUCUAUCUGUGAUUUUCUCUCUCUCUCUCUUUCUUUUUAUUCUAUCUCAUUCUUUUCAUAUCAUCAUGUUCCUUAUCUCUCCUUAUGUCUAUUUUUUUUCUCUGUCUCUCACUCUCUAUUUAUAG